GGUUAGAAGGAGGGGCGCGAGUGCGCGCCAAAAUCGGGCGGGAAGAGGCAAAAAGAGGCCGGGGCGCGCGCACCGCGGCGGUUCCUGUUCUCUCAGCCUCGCGGCCCGGGAACCGCUGCUGCGUGCGUGGAAGGCGGGACGCCCAGGUCUAUCUCAAGCAUAUAGCUGGAUUUGGUUUAUUCAUUUCAAGAUUGUCUUAACAGGUAAUAGAUGGAUAAUAUUUCUUUUAUUUAAAAGAAAUGAGUGUAACUAGUAUUGCAUUAAGAGUUGAAACGUGGCUUUUAGCUACAUGGCAUGUUAAAGUACCUCUGACGUGGCUAGAAGCUUGUGUUAACUGGAUCCAAGAAGAAAAUGCUAAUGUUAAUCUGAGUCAGGCUCAAAUAAAUAAACAAGUGUUUGAACAAUGGCUUCUUACUGAUCUGAGAGAUCUGGAGCAUCCUCUUUUACCUGAUGGCAUUCUGGAAGUUCAUAAAGGAGAACUGAAUGGGUUUUUUGCUCUGCAGAUUAAUUCACUGAUUGAUGUAAGUCAACCUGCAUAUUCUCAGAUACAAAGAUUGAGAGGAAAGAAUACUACAAAUGACCUAGUUACAGCUGAAACACAAGUUACCCCAAAACCUUGGGAAGCAAGGCCUUCACGAAUGUUGAUGCUUCAGCUAACUGAUGGAAUUGUACAAAUGCAGGGGAUGGAGUAUCAGUCUAUUCCAGUUCUUCAUAGUGAUCUGCCUCCAGGAACAAAAAUUUUGAUCUAUGGAAAUAUUUCUUUCCGACUUGGUGUUCUCUUAUUGAAACCCGAGAAUGUGAAGGUGUUGGGAGGAGAAGUAGAUGCUCUUUUAGAGGAAUAUGCCCAAGAAAAAGUACUUGCAAGACUGAUUGGGGAACCUGAUCCUGUAGUUUCAAUCAUACCAAGUAAUUCUAACGAAAAUAUUCCUGGAAAUACAGAUGCUCUAGAUCUGUUAGGGCCUUCUGAUGAAGAACUCUUGGCAAGUCUUGAAGAAAAUGAUGUGUUUGCAGCAAAUAGUGAUAUCUCCUUAGAAAGAAGAUGUUUUAGCACAGUUACUGCUGCAAAUAUUGUUUCCACAAGUGAGGAGAAACCAUUAAAUCAAUCUAUGCAUUUUGCUGAUGGGGAAUUAGAUGAUUUUGAAUUGGAGGAAGCCUUGCUUUUAGAAGAAACUGUCCAAAAAGAACAAAUGAAAACUGAGGAAUUGCAGCCAUUGAUUUUCAACAGAAACACAAAUGAAAGUACAGAGAGAUUUUCACAUAAACCUACUACUCUGAAUGAUUUUUCUUUGCAUUGCAAAAAUGGAAGCAGUAGUUGGAAUGAAAGACUAUCUGAAGAAAUGAUUAAUGAAGACAGAUUUAGUUGUUCAUCUCCUAGAGAUGAAAGAAGUAAUAGUUUUUCAGCUCAUAGUUAUGAACCCAUACUUUAUGAUUUUACAAACAAAGUUAAGAACUCAGAGAUAGAUAAUAAAAUAAAACAAGCCACUGGCAGUUCAGAUGGAUACUCCUUAAACAGUCAAAUCUUAAAUAGAGAGCUGGACAUGGGUGUACCAAAAAGUACAACAUCUGCUGAAAAUAACCACCAUUUACAGACUUGUUCUUUAAGAUCAUCGGAGACUAGCACUAAUCUUUCUGUCACCAUGGAUUUGUAUUCUCCACCUUUUAUCUAUUUGUCUGUUCUAAUGGCCAACAAGCCAAAGGAAACUGUAACAGUGAAAGUCAAAGCUUUUAUUGUAACCUUAACUGGAAAUCUUUCUAGUUCUGGUGGUACUUGGAAUAUAACAGCAAAAAUUUCUGAUGGUACCGCCUAUCUAGAUGUAGACUUCAUAGAUGAAAUACUUACUAGCAUGAUAGGGUUUUCAGUACCAGAAAUGAAAAGGUUAAAAAAGAAUCCUCUUCAGUAUCAAAAGUUCCUUGAAGGUUUGCAGAAAUGUCAGCGAGAUCUAAUAGAUUUGUGCUGCAUAAUGACUCUAUCAUUUAAUCCCUCCUUGUCAAAAGCAAUGGUUUUAGCACUAGAAGACAUUAAUAUGGAACACCUUGAGGACCUAAAGAAGCGAUUAAAUAAAUAAACUUUACUAAACUAGUAUUAGAAAAACGACACAAUGUCCUCUCAUUUUUGAAAUUUUUCUUUUUGUGAAAGAGAAGUUUUGGAACAUUUUAAUCAGUGAAGAAUGUUUAGUAAUAGUGUAUAUUUAAAAAUUUAAAAACAAUUAUCUUUUAUGGCAACUCCUGGGUGAUGGAAUUUAGUGACUCUAUUAUUGAGAAAUAUAUUUUCCACUUUCCAUUUCACAUAAGGCAAUUGCUAAAGCAUUAUGUUAAUGUUUCUGAUGAAUCAUUGUUGACAGUUAAUAAUCAUAAAUGUUUUUAAAUAAAAACUGUACUUUUAAUAUG